CCCAGCGGCCCCCAGCUCGCGGCUCCGCGAGGCUCCAGGGCCUCACCGUGGGAUGGACGAGGGGAAGAUGGACGAGAAUGAAUGGGGGUACCAUGGUGAAGGCAACAAAAGCCUAGUGGUGGCCCACGCGCAGCGUUGUGUGGUGCUUCGUUUUCUGAAGUUUCCUCCUAAUAGGAAGAAGACCUCGGAAGAAAUAUUUCAGCACCUACAGAACAUAGUGGACUUUGGCAAAAAUGUCAUGAAAGAGUUUUUGGGCGAGAACUGUGUUCAUUGUGGGGAAGUUGUUCAGCUGCCUUUAGAUUUUGUGAAACAGCUUUGUUUAAAGAUACAGUGUGAAAGACCAGAAUCUCGCUGUGACAAAGACCUGGACACGCUCAGCGGUUAUGCUCUGUGCCUUCCCAAUUUAGCCAGACUUCAGACCUACCGUUUCGCAGAGCACCGGCCGAUUCUGUGUGUAGAGAUCAAGCCAAAAUGUGGGUUUAUUCCUUUCUCCAGUGACGUUACGCAUGAGAUGAAGCACAAGGUGUGCCGUUACUGCAUGCACCAGCACCUCAAGGUAGCAACUGGGAAGUGGAAGCAGAUAAGUAAAUACUGUCCCCUUGAUCUCUACUCAGGAAAUAAACAGAGAAUGUACUUUGCUUUGAAAAGCUUGUUACAGGAGGCACAGAACAACUUAAAGAUCUUUAAGAACGGUGAGCUGAUUUAUGGCUGUAAAGAUGCCCGCAGCCCUGUGGCUGACUGGAGUGAGCUUGCACACCACCUGAAGCCAUUCUUCUUCCCGUCCAACGGCCUGACCAGUGGGCCCCACUGCACGAGAGCAGUGAUCCGGGAGCUGGUGCGUGUCAUCACGCGGGUGCUACUGAGCGGCUCGGACAAGGGCCGGGCGGGUGCCCUCAGGUCGGGGCCUGGGCUGCGGGGCCCCCCCGUCUGUGAAGCCAGCCCUUUCAGCAGGAGCCUGCACUGCCCAGGAAAAAACACCCCGGAGCGCUCAGGGUUACCGAAGGGCUGUCUUCUGUACAAAACCCUCCAGGUGCAGAUGUUGGACCUCCUGGACAUCGAAGGCCUCUACCCUCUGUACCGGCGGGUUGAGCGGUACCUGGAGGAGUUUCCUGAGGAGAGAAAAGCAUUGCAAAUAGAUGGGCCUUAUGAUGAAGCAUUUUACCAGAGGCUGCUUGAUCUUUCCACUGAGGACGAUGGCACGGUGGCUUUUGCGCUGACAAAGGUGCAGCAGUACCGGGUCGCCAUGACCGCGAAGGACUGCUCCAUCAUGAUCGCACUGUCUCCUUGUCUGCAGGAUGCAAGCUCCGAUCAAAGGCCCAUUAUCCCUUCAUCGAGAUCCAGGUUUGCCUUCUCUGUGUCUGUGCUGGAUCUCGACCUCAAGCCCUACGAGAGCAUUCCUCAUCAGUAUAAACUGGACAGCAAAAUAGUCAACUACUACUUAAAGACUGUACACGCCAAAGACGCCGCCAUGACGUCGACCAGGUUCAAGGAAAGCGAAGAUUGCACAUUAGUUCUCCACAAGGUCUAACUUUUUUCCUGUAGUGGCUUUGAAACUUGAACAUAGAAUGUGAAGGUUGAAUGAUAGAGCUAUUUUCUGUUGUGCCAGGUGACUUUUGGCUGUGAAUGCUUUUGCUUUUCAACCCCUGUUCAGGUGGGACUGCCUCUGGGAGACACGGAAUGGAAGAGCACUAGAAACAUCUUCCAGGAUGAGGAAUGUUGGACGUGUGCCCAGCAUGUGCUGUGUCCCAGGAGACCCCUCUGGGCAGUUCUCCCUUUCCACCCAGGGCUCACGUCUAAUCUUUAAAAAGCCUUAUAAGACCCAAGGUUUGGAUCUCCUACCACCAGAAUCCUAACAUAGAAAACUUGAAUUGUCACAUACACCUUGCAGUUUGGACUUUUAAGAACACACAGAUACUACUGGAACUUUCCCAGCUGAGUUACUUGGUCACUUUUCCAGUGCCAGCCACGUGUCAGUGCAGACCUAGUGGCUCCCUGAUGUGGAGGGCGGUGAGCUGUUGGUGUGAGGCCGGUUCUGAGCGGUGGACGCAGUCCUCGCCGAGGUGCCACACCCACCGCUCUGCAUGGGGUCAGCAGGGAGCCUGGAACUCAGGGCAGGGCAGACACCACUCACGCGAGCACUGACUUUCUUUGUGCUGAAUGAUUCUGACUUUAGGGGAGACGAGGUGUCGUUUCCCACCUGAAACUGCUGCUGUGGAAGCUGGGAGCGGAGAGGCAGCUCUGAGCUGCUGUGCCCAGGGUGGGUGUCACGGGUGGUGGUGCUCCUGCCAGCUCUGCGGUCCUGGCAUUCCUGGGUGUUUGGGGAACCUCAGUUACUUCUGCCAGAGCCGGCAUCGAGUUUCCCCUCCUUCCCCACACCUGCUCCUCCCUCAGGUUUCACUACGGUGUGUGGUGUCAGUGGCCUCGAGCGGUGCUGGGCUGCCCAAGGCCCCGCUUCCAAAAGGCUUCUGGCUGGCACUAAGAGGGUUCUUGUCGGGGUCACCAAAAGUGUGCCCAGCUGCUAUGAAAACUGUUGGGAAUCUUGGCUUCAGUUUUUUAUUCUAUGGUAGGUUGUACAGAUUAUUUAUAUCAUCGUUUUGAGGGACUAAUGAAGGCUUAUUGUAAUAUAUAAUACUAGUGAAACCAUGGGAUUGUAUGAAAAUACUACACACAAAAUAAGGAGAAUAUUUUGCUGAUUGUACAUUUUUGUGGGGAAUUUUGUGAUAAAUUGAGACUUCAGCUCAUUAGAAUCAAGCCAGCUCUUCUAGAAUUUAUUCUUCAAUUCUGUCCUACCAUUUACUUCUUAUCCUCACUACCAUUUACCACUUAACUUCUACACUCGGAGGUUCAAAAAGAUAUUCCGACGAGGCACGCCUCUCACUCACGUGGUGUGCUGGGGCGCUGGGGCUUCGGAGAUUCCACUCCGGAUGUGCGUGGAGCCGCGAUCUCGUGGGCAAGUUGCGGGCUCCACAGGGCAUGGAAGCAGGCAGCUGCCAGAGUUGCUCUGGCCUGAGGUUGUUCCUUGUGGCUGGCCUGGGGUGAGCACGGGCUUGCCCGGGACCAGGGUGUGCAGAGGCCCCUGGGUCCCCGUGCAGAGCUCUGGAAGCCCAGCCCCUCCAGGAGGGGAGCUGGGCAGGCCCCUGUUGCCUGUCCUGAACAGUCUGGAAGGCACCACCCUCUACUUGCAGGGAAGAGGCAAUAGAUGGGAUGGUCGUGCCCCAGCCCUUUGCUCUUUUCACACUCCACCUCCGCCCCUUCCCUGAGGCUUUCACUUGCUUGAAACAGUGUUUCACCCAUUCUGCUUUCAACUGGCCACUCAGGUCAGUGCAGCACUUAGGCUCUGGGGGACUUUGAUGAAAACACUGUUUCUUCUGUGCAGAGGGAUCAGCGGUGCUGAGGUCCUGUGCGAAGGGCAGUGCCGUAUUUGCUGUCUACUGCAUUUUUUUAUGCUAACCGCUCUGCUUUUUUAUGGAAGACCAGGAAGAGUGAAUGUCAGAGGACUUGCUGCUGAGAGGUGCUGUGAAAGCCUCCGGUGCUGCUUCCCAGAGCUGGGAGGUGAGGGGGUGGUGUGGCCCCCUGGGGCUUCCUGAGGAAUGUCUAGGAAAUGAGGCUGCGCUGGCCAGCCCUCCAGGAGCCCCUGGGUGGUGGGUGACAGGAGGAGGGCCGGCCUUCGGGGUGGGCUGGGGGGCAGUGGCUCCCAGCAUCCCAGGA